GCAGUUCCUGCACUCGCCCGGUUCACUCACGUGCACGGCUUGUCCUUCUCUCCGCGAUCUGCGUACAUCCCUUUGGUCCGACCCGCGAUCUGGUGGUUUCCGCCAGCGCGAGCCUCGUCGCUCGCUUAGGCCUAGGCACUUUCGAUGGAGGAGAGAGAGAAAGCGGGGUUUGUGUUACGAGAUCUAGAAGAGAAGCAGCGACUGUUGCGGGAGCAGCUAGGCCAGAGGCAGCAGCAGCUGGCGAGUCAGCAAUCGCAGUCGCACCAGCCGAUCCAGUCGUCGCAAUCAGCGCCAGCCACACAGAGCUAUCAGCUAGUGGAUCGAGACGCCAGAGGCGGCUCCGCGGCGCCAGGGCAGCAGCAACCGCAGCAGCAACAGCAGCAGCUUCCCCCAACCUCGCAGAAUUCGCAGGUUUCCCGAUCCCAGUCGAGUCAAUCCCAGCCGUCGAAUAGGCCGUCAUCCCCGUCCCCUUCCGCGAAGCAACGGCAGCAGCAGCAAGACAUGCGGGACCGACGCAAGCCGCUCAUCGUCCUAGGGAGCGUCGCCGUCGCGACCGCGCUCGCGUGCUUCCUCCUCCCCUCGUCUCUCCGUCCACUAAUUUUUGCCGCCGCCGCCCUAGCCGUCACGCAACUCCUUUCCUCCCCGUCCGCGGAAGACGACAAAGCCGCAGCUGGCGCCGCCGGCGGAUCUGGGGGGGGCGGGCUCGCUCCGCUCCCCCCGCCGGCAAUUCCGCUGGUCAAGUCCAGCUCCUCCCCUCCCCUUGGGUCGCUCCAGGAGAAGUCCGCACAAGCGGGGACUCUUGACGCCGGAUCUGCGGCUGCGGACGCUUCCGCGGGCGCGCAGCCGGCAGGGGAAGCGGCUGUUCCGCCAGCAUUCGCAGCGGCGCCAUCUGCGCCCGCGGCAGCGGUAGCAGCAGCGGCAGCUCCUGCGCCAGCAGCUGCGCCGGUCUCUGCCGGGGAGCCAGCGGCGGAAGCCACUGGCGCAGGUGGCGCUGCCCAGGGAGGUAGCGGUGACGGCGCGGCGGAUGGCGCGGCGGAUGGUGCGGCGGAUGGCACGGCUGCGUAUCUGAGCUCGCAGGGUAUCUCCCCCGGCGCGAGGGCCAUGGCGGCCGCUAUGAAGGCGAAAGCCACGCGCGCCGCCGCUCGUGCUGCGGCUGCGCCGAUCAAGAUCGCGGAAGGCGCGGCGGAGGGACCAAAGAGGCCGGAGGGCAUGGUGGUGCUGUACGGGUCGCAGACGGGCAACGCCAUGGAGAUCGCCAAGACCAUCAACGCCGACGCGCAGCAGCGCGGCCUGCCCUCGCACGUGCACGCGCUCAACGACUACUCGCUCGAGAAGCUGCGCGGCGUGGCGGUGGCGGUGGUGGUGGUGUCGAGCACGGGCGACGGCGACCCCCCCGAGAACUGCGACCGCUUCAUGGGCGCGCUGCAGCGCCGCUCGCUCUCGCCCUCGCUUCUCUCGCACCUCAAAUACACCGUCUGCGGCCUGGGCGACAGCAACUACACGCGCUACAUGGCGGUGCCGCGCGUGUUCUCGCGCCGCCUGCCGGAGCUCGGCGCGCAGCUGCUGUGCAAGGCGUGCGAGGCGGACGAGGUGGACGGCCUGGAGGAAGUGGUGGAGGCGUGGACGGCCACCAUAUGGGGCCCUCUUCAGGAAGCUCUGGCAACGCCGGCACCCCUGGCGGCCGCUGUGGACCAUGAGGGGGAGGGGGGCGCGCAGCAGCAGCAGCAGGCGGGGGGGAAGGCGCAGGAGGAGGAGGAGGUGAAGCUGGUGGGCGUGCCCCCGCUGCAGGCCUGCCGCAUCCGCCUCGUGUGGCUCGACGAGGAGGAACGAGACGCCACUACCGCUGCCUCUGCCGUCACUGCUGCAGCUGCUGCUGCCUCGUCACCCACUCCCCCGUUCUCCCACUCCAACCCUCUGCUCGCGCCGGUGCUAUCGGCGCGGUUCCUGUCCGCGGAGUGGUCGGACCGUGUGGUGGUGCAUGUGGAGGUGGACGUGGCGGCCGCCGUGCACGCAGGGGUGACCAUGGCCGCGGGGGAUAGCGUCGGCGUGGUGCCCUCUAAUGAUGCUGCCACGGUGGAGCGGCUGCUCGCGAGGCUGGGGGUGGAUGGGGACAGGGUGUUCUCUCUGGUUGAUGCGGAGAGUGCUGCGAGUGCUGCUGGUGGCUCGUCUGCUUCUGCUGGUGCGGCUGUGACGGCAGCAGCGGCGAGCAACCGCGACGGGGGGCACAUCCCGGCGCGCUGCACUCUCCGGCACGCGCUGCUGCACUGCUGCGACGUGAAGGGCACGCCCAAGAAGGGCCUCCUGCGCAUCCUCGCAGACUACUGCAGCGACCGCAGGGAGCAGCAGCGCCUGCUCUUCCUCUCCUCGCGCGGUGGCAGAGAUGCGUACAGAGAGCUGGUCAUGGACCGCCGGCCCAGCCUCCUGGAGUUGCUGCUCGCCUUCCCCUCCUGCCAGCCGGACCUGGCUCACCUGCUGGACGCGCUCCCGCCGCUCGUGGCGCGCUUCUACUCGCUGUCGUCGUCGCCCUGCGCGACCUCCCCUCCCGGCACCUCGGUGUCGUUUGCGUUCAGCCUCGUGCACAUGCCGCUGCAGCCGCUGCUGCCAGACCUCAUGCCUGCUGCCGCUUCUGCUGCUGCUGCUGCUGGUGAAGGUGGCGAUGGCGCUUGUCCCCUGGCUGGGCCGCGCGUGUUUGAAGGGGUCUGCACGUCGUGGCUCGAACAGUCCCUGCCUUUAGCUCCAGAGGACCGGGAACGAGUGGCCAGGAGAAAAUCCCAGCAGCAGCAGCAGGUGGCGGGGGCAGCUGGGGAAGACUCGCCCCUUCUCCCGCCCCCUGUCCCUGCCCUCUCCGUAUUCCCCAAGCCCGGGGGAAGGUUCUGCCACCCGUCCUCCCUGUCGGCGCCGCUGAUCAUGAUCGGGCCGGGCACGGGCGUGGCGCCCUUCAGAGGCUUCCUGCAGGAGAGGCGCAGCUUGCUGCGAGGGAGUGAGGCGCAGGACAGCACGGCAGGGGAGGGGGACGGAGCAGCAGCAGCGGCAGGAGGAGGAGCAGGGGAGAGCUGGCUGUUCUUCGGGUGCAGGAGGGAGGAUGAGGACUGGCUGUACCGGGAGGACUUUGAGGGGUUCGUGGCGGACGGCACGCUCUCGCACCUGGAUGUCGCCUUCUCACGUGCCGGCAAGGACAAGGUGUAUGUGCAGCACAAGAUGCAGGCCAGAGGCGCGGAGCUGGCACCACUGCUGCUGAAUGCCGCCACUUAUGUCUUCAUAUGCGGGGAUGGUGCGAGCAUGGUGCGGGACGUGCACGCGGCGCUGCAGGCCAUCCUGCAGGCGCAUGGGGGCAUGGCAGCACCCUCUGCGGCAGCACACCUGCAGGAGAUGAUGGGCAAGGGGCGGUACGUGCGCGACGUGUGGUCGUGAUGGCGCGGCUGUGAUGGGCAAGGGGUCACAUCACAUGGGUGUGAUCACAUGAUGUGGAGGGGAUGGAUGCGGUGUGGGUGGAUGCUGCGGUGCGGAGAAUCGGUGGCAGGAAAGGAGGUAGGGGCAGUGCGAGGCGACAAGAGCGGCCAGCGGCUGGCUGGAGCUGAAGUUGUUAUUCAGUGUGGACGUGGAUAUUCUCGCCAGUGUAUACGUGUGGCAUCUUGUGUGCUUCCGUAGUUGAAGAUGUGUGCCAUGCCGUGCUGCAAUAAGUGACAGGAGCGCCAGUUUUGUUUCUUUCCUCAGACAUGUGCAUGUUAGGGUUUUGAAAGCAAUACUAAGAAGUGUGGGAGGAAAACAAUAUU